AUGGACCGAAGAUGUUUCGCCAUUCUGUGUCACCUACUGAGGACCAUUCCUGGACUAACGUCGACGGAAGUCGUCGAUGUUGAGGAGAUGGUAGCAAUGUUCCUCCACAUUCUUGCGCACGAUGUAAAAAAUCGUGUCAUUCAACGAGAGUUCAUGCGGUCGGGCUAUUACUACUUGGUUGAUGCCGGGUACCCAAAUGCGGAGGGUUUCCUGGCACCAUACAGAGGCCAACGCUAUCACUUACAAGAAUGGCGUGGCCCUGAAAAUGCACCUUCAACGUCGAAAGAGUUCUUCAAUAUGAAACAUUCUUCUGCUCGUAAUGUAAUCGAAAGAGCAUUCGGUGUCUUGAAGGGUCGAUGGGCGAUACUGCGGGGAAAGUCAUACUAUCCUGUAGAAGUUCAAUGUCGCACAAUACUCGCAUGUUGUCUCCUCCACAACCUUAUCAAUAGGGAGAUGACGAACUUUGAUAUAGAAGACAACAUAGAUAAGCAUGACAAGUUCAUCGAGACUACCUAA